GGCUGCUGCCGCCUUGGCCUUUCCGGGUGCAGAUGGACUCGGCCCGCGGCCGCUAGCAGGAGGGGCUAGAAGACGACCCGGGCUUAAGCAUGGCGUGUAAUGAUGGCUUCAGUUUGCGCUACCCUGGCAACCCACACCCAGGGGACUUAAUUGAAGUGUUCCGUCCUGGCUAUCAGCACUGGGCUCUGUACCUGGGUGACGGUUAUGUCAUCAAUAUAGCACCUGUAGACGGUGUCCCCACAGCAUUUACUAGUGCAAAGUCUGUGUUCAGCACAAAGGCUCUGGUGAAGAUGCAGCUCUUGAAGGAUGUUGUGGGAGAUGACAAAUACAGAGUAAAUAAUAAAUAUGAUGAAACAUACCCGCCUCUUCCCGUGGAAGAAGUCAUACAACGGUCAGAAUUUGUUAUUGGAGAGGAGGUAUCAUAUGACUUACUUGUUAACAAUUGUGAGCACUUUGUGACCUUGCUUCGAUAUGGUGAAGGAGUUUCAGAUCAGGCCAACCGAGCAAUAAGUACCAUUGGGUUUAUGACAGCUGCUGCUGGUGUCUUCUCAUUCCUGGGCUUGUUUUCAAAAAGACAAAGAGCAAAAUACUAUUAACAAUUUACUGAAGAGAUGUUGGAACUGAAGGAAUUUAUGAGGGAAAAAAGUACCUCGGAUGAAUCUUAUUAUUUUCAAUGCAUCAUUAUUGUUCCAACUGCUAGUGAUGGAUGGCAGGCUCUUUAAUAAAUUGCUUACUGAUAUUAUCUUA